GGAGAAGGGCACGGGAGUGUUUGGAUCUUGUUUGAGAGAUCUGCGGCAUCCCGUCUGUGAUCCUCGAAGCUGCCUGGUGGCCUGUGAGAAAUGAAGCUGCUCAUGUCAGUGGUCGGCCUGCCUCUCCUGCUGAUGGAGGGCGGAUCUAUCCGCUUGAGCGACCCCUACCCCUCGUCAGCCGUGGGAUUCGUCCCAUCCGUCCGCUUCGGCAACCCCGCUGUCCCCCGCUAUGCUCCCAUGCAGCCCAUCUCGAGGCUGCGCGGCCCGCAGCUGGCGCAACCCCUGUCGCGGCACAAGGCAAACGGCCUGCGAGCACGGAAGGGUCGCAUGGGACUGCGGAUGAUGUUUGAGAACUUCACGGAGAAGGCCAUCAAGGUCAUCAUGCUUGCGCAAGAGGAGUCUAGGCGGGUGGGGCACAACUUCGUGGGCACCGAGCAGCUGUUCCUGGGGCUCAUCGGGCAGUCCAACGGCAUUGCGGGCCGCGUGUUGAAGAACCUGGGGGUGUCUCUGAAGGAGACGCGUCAGAAGAUCGAGGAGCUCAUCGGCAAGGGGUCGGGUUUUGUGGCGCCCGAGAUCCCCUUCACCCCGAGGGCCAAGCAGGCCCUCGAGCGGGCACUCGAGGAGGCCAGACAGCUGGGACACGCCUACAUCGACACGGAGCACCUGCUGCUCGGCGUACUCAAAGAGGAAGACGGUGAGGGAGGGGCACGCACACAACACGACACGACACGACGUGUGCCAUGCACAUAGCCUCCGUCCAUGUGGGUGUGUUCGUGUGUCGCUGCACCCAUAUGUGCAGGCAACAUAUCCAAGGUGCUGCAGUCGAUGGGUCUUGACAAGGAGAAGAUCAAGGCCGAGGUCAUGAAGAUGCUCAACGACGCCGAGGAAUUCGCCACCGUCGGCGGCCCCUCAGACAGAGGCCGAUCCACACCCACACUCAAGGAGUUCUCCAUCGACCUCACAGAAAAGGCCGCCAAGUCACAGCUCGACCCGGUCGUCGGCCGCCAGAAGGAGAUCGACCGUGUCGUGCAGAUCCUUGCCCGGCGGACCAAGUCCAACCCGGUGCUGAUCGGCGAGCCGGGCGUGGGCAAGACGGCCAUUGCUGAGGGACUGGCACAGCGGAUAGCCAACCGCGACGUGCCGUCGAUGCUGGAGAACAAGCGUGUGUGUGUGCUGGACAUGGGGCUGCUGGUGGCCGGGACCAAGUACAGGGGCGAGUUUGAGGAGCGGCUCAAGAAGAUCAUGGACGACGUUAAGAAGGCCGGCAACAUCGUGCUCGUCAUUGACGAGAUCCACACGCUCAUCGGUAACUUGGGAUGGCAAAGGAGGAGCAUCACCGAGAGACAGAGGGAUGAUGUUUGGCUACUGUGUGUCUGGUUGUGGUCAGGUGCUGGUGCGGGUGAGGGUGCCCUGGAUGCCGCCAACUUGCUCAAGCCCGCCCUUGCUCGUGGUGAGUUCCAGUGUAUCGGCGCAACCACGCUUGACGAAUACAAGAAACACUUCGAGAGGGUGAGCAUCUGAGAUGACGGACCACAAACCGUCUUGUCGCAUGCGGCACUCCAUCCCUUGACCCUCUUUGUCUGUGUGUGUCAGGAUGCUGCCCUUGAGCGUCGUUUCCAGCCGGUGAUGGUGGACGAGCCGUCCAUCGAGGACACGAUUGAGAUCCUUAGGGGGCUGUCGGGCCGGUACGAGCAGUUCCACGGGCUCAAGUACACUGACGACGCACUACAGGCCUCUGGUAAGCACCAACAGCAUUCAUUCAUACGCCGGAUAGACCGACACAUAAGCACGGUGUCCUUGUGUGUCGAUUCGAUUUGCAGCUCGUUUUUCCGAGCAGUACAUCAGCGACAGGUAUCUGCCCGACAAGGCCAUCGACCUCAUGGACGAGGCAGGAUCCAACGUCAAGAUCUGCCACACCAAACUCCCUGUCGCCGCAAGAGCACUCGUACGCCGCACCCCCGUCACACAUGGCUUGCCCACACUGAGACUCGCCUCAUCUGUGUGUGUGUGUGUGUGUGUGUUGAGCAGGAUCGCGAGUUGAAGGAGAAUUUGCGAGGUCAGGAGGAGGCCAAGCGGACGGAGGACUUUGAGAAAGCAGCACAGCUGAGGGAGCGUGAGAUGGAGCUCCGCCAACAGAUCGACGCGCUCGUCCCCAACAGAACCGAAUCCGCCCCGACCGUCGAUGUCGAGAACGUCGCAGAGUGAGUCGCCCGACACGUCACACACGCAACCAGACACAGACAUGCAAAGUGCUGUGUUGUGCUGUGCUGUGCUGAAUCAGAGUGGUUGCGACGUGGACCGGUAUCCCCGUGACGAAGCUGACCAAGACGGACAGCGAGAAGCUCAUCAACAUGGAGGGCACUCUCCACGAGCGCGUCAUCGGGCAGGACGAGGCCGUCACGGCCGUGUCAAAGGCUAUCCGACGCGCUAAGUCGGGCCUCAAGAACCCCAACCGACCCAUCGCCUCUUUCCUUUUCUGCGGCCCCACGGGUGUGGGCAAGACGGAGCUCACCAAGGCGCUGGCGUCGUAUCUGUUCGACAGUGAGGAGGCCAUGGUGCGGCUGGACAUGAGCGAGUACAUGGAGCGGUUCUCGGUGUCCAAGCUGAUCGGCUCGCCGCCCGGCUAUGUGGGGUACGAUGAGGGCGGGCAGCUCACCGAGGCUGUCAGGCGGAAGCCCUACACCGUGGUGCUGUUCGACGAGAUCGAGAAGGCACACCCGGACGUCUUCAACACACUACUCCAGGUACCACGCGCACACGCAACCAUCCCACACACGACCAGCCCCGCCAUGCCCAUGCACGCUGUCUAUCUGUCCCUUCGUCCCAUCAGAUUUUGGAGGACGGUCGCUUGACUGAUGCCAAGGGCCGCACGGUUGACUUCAAGAACACCCUGUUGAUCCUGACGUCCAAUCUGGGCUCCAAGGUGAUCGAGAGGGCAUCGGCCGGGGCGGGCGGCCUUGGCUUCGACCUGAGCAACGAGAAGGACGCCCAGUACAACCGCAUCAAGGCCCUCGUCCAGGAAGAACUCAAAAACUACUUCAGGUAGGAAGGACGUCAGCCCGCCACACACGGACACCACACACACACACGUCCCCUGUGUGUGUUGUCCGUCCCGUCAGGCCUGAGUUUUUGAAUCGGUUGGACGAGACGAUUGUGUUCCGCCAGCUGGCCAAGGCGGAGGUGGGCCGCAUAGCGGACAUUCUCCUUGCACAGGUCUACGAACGCACCGCUGACAAGGGCAUCGACCUAGUCGUCACGGACCGGUUCAAAGAACGGCUCGUCGACGAGGGAUUCGACCCCGUCUAUGGCGCGCGGCCACUCAGGUACUCAGAUGACACGCGACACGCACUCAUCCAUGUGACCAUGUGAGCAUUGUGGUUGUGGGUAUUGUGUGUAAUGUCAGACGAGCGAUAAUGCGUCUGCUUGAGGACAAUAUAGCUGAGGCGACUCUGCGUGGCCAGAUCAAGGAGGGCGACCAGGCCAUCGCUGACCUGGAUGCCGACGGCAACGUGGUCAUCAUGAGAAGGUCGGACCUCUUCGGCGGCACCGACAUGGCCGCUGAGAAGAAGACCCCCGCGUCGAAGGACGAGAGCCAGCCAGACCAGCCACUAUCUGUAGGGGUGUAGGGGUGAGUGAGUGAGUGCAUUUGUGUGGGUGUGUCUGUCUGUCUGUCUGUCUGUCGAUGGUCGUCGUGGCAACGCUCUCGAUUUGUCCAGAAGAGUGGGUCCGAUGCGACACUCUAGACAAUGGUCCCGUGCGUGGUCAGUUCUGUGCGGGAGAGUGAGCUGAGUGCGUUUGCGUGUGCGCGCAUGGAUGCGUCCAUGGUGAUCUCUCAGAGACGGACCGGCCGCACAACCCACCACAACACAACACACCCACACACAUGGCAUGGUUGUCCCCACUGCCCCCCUCUGUGUGUUUUUGACCUACUAACUGGCUGACUGGGUGGGUGGCUGACUGGCUGAGUUUGUGUCUGCGUCACGACAGCGAGAGCUGCGUAUCUGUAUGUACCAACCAAGCGGGCGGGCAAUAUGUAGUGGAGUCUGCAGAGGGGGCGAUUUUUUGUUCGACUGACGUUGGCAGUGCGAGCAAAGAGAGAAAGAGAGAGAGAACGGGCGAGCGGCUGCCUCGUGCGACCGGGAGGGGGGGGGGCUAGAGGAGGGGGAGCUGAGGGUGUAUGUAUGUGUUCGUCGAUCGCACAUGGCGGGGGCGGCCUCCAUACAUAUCUAUCUCUCUCCAUGACAUACCUGUACACUGGCUCGAAUCUGUACAUUGGUUGGUUGGCACCAUCUGUCAGUGUCACUGCUGUCUGCUGUGGAGAUGCGUAGCGUCUGAUGGCUGAUCGGAUCAAGAUCUCGAUCAGUGUCCGUCGCUACGCAUCCCCACCGGAGGCAGCAAUGACGCUCAGAUACAGCACAGCCAGGGGGCAACGUUGCGUGCAGCGAGGGUUUUGGGGUGGCUGGUUUUCACCACCGACUCGCGGCCGCCUCUGUGUGCGUCACUGUAUCCUCAUCGCAGUGCUUAUUGUGUAAUCUACCUGUCUGUGCGCCGCUCCACGAGCUGGCGUGAUGCUCUGCAGACCCUAUUGAUACACCGCACCCAUGGGUCACACGGCCCUUCUCUGCAUACAGCUGCGUUUUUUUCCUCUGCCUUGCCCAUUCACUCAUUCACUCACGCGCGUGCCCUUGGAUGCUCCGAUUGGUUUGGUGGCGGGGGGUGGGGUGGGUAGGUGUCUUACUACUGCCUGCCAGUGGAUGCACGACACAGUGGAUGGUGGACGUAUUGUACAGAUGCCGUGGAUGGAUGGAUGGAUGGAUGGAUGUGGUGGUGGUGGUGAAGCGAGAAUUGGUGGUGUGAGAUCUGCAUGACAGUAUUUAAACACUGCAAUUGAAUGAUUUGUGUCAUCC